AUGCUAUCUGACAAGAUCUCCCUGUUGCUGCUCGCCACAACUGGCACCUCUGCUCUCUGGAUUGCCGCCGCCGACAUGACCUACUACAACAGCGUUUCUGGGGGUAUUUACCCCUCGCCGAGCUGCCAAGUCGGCAAGGGAGAAACCAGAGACGAAGCCUGGAGCUUGGCCACCAGUGAAGGAACGGAAUCUAUUGCUCUUGGGGGGAUCCUUACGUGCGAUGAACUGAACUACAAGAAAACCAACCAGCUGGGCGGCUUCUGGGAUGACUACGGUACUAUCUUCUAUGAAACUGACGACCGGAUGUGGUACUGCGGCACUGGAGGCGGACAAGGUGCUUGCGACGCUGGAGAGGGCGUUCCCAAGUGA